AUGAGGAGCGCGCUUAAGCGGUACGACUCUGGCAAGAACAUUCCCUCGCGGCCUGCGAGCUACGGACGGACCAUGGCCGAUGCUACGCGCUACACAAAAACCCAGCUACGGCAGUAUUUCGACCGCAUCAGCUUGCCCGAGAGUCUGCGCGUGUACGAUGUUACACCGCUGAGCCCGCAGGAAAAGCUUGGCUAUCUGGGCUUGCUGCAAAAGCAGAGCCUCUCCACCAUCCCGUUCGAGAACCUCAGCCUGCAUUAUUCCCCGCACCGCCAUAUCUCGCUGGAUCCGGAUGAGCUGUUCCAAAAACAAGUGCUGACCCAGGGCCGCGGCGGCUACUGCAUGGAGAAUAACCUGGUUCACAACAUCGUCCUGCGGUCGCUCGGGUACCGCGUCUACUCUGCCGGUGCGCGGGUCAAAGGUGGUCCGGAUGCACCCUACAACGGCUGGAGCCAUAUGGUCAACCUGGUCACCACUGAUGAGGCCCACAAAUCCCCAGAAAAGUACCUGGUUGAUGUGGGAUUCGGUCCAAACGGCUGUACCCAGCCGCUUCGCCUGGACAGAAACGCCUGCGACACCACUGCCAUCCAGAUCUCUCCCGCCGAAAUGAGGCUUGUCUGGAAGAAUGUCGACGGAAACACCGACCCCAAUCAGAGACUGUGGGUUUACCAGCACCGCAUCAGUAACGACCAGCCUUGGUUGGACAUGUACUGUUUCACCGAGCUGGAAUUCUUGCCCCAGGAUUACGAGCUCAUGAACUACUGGACGAGCACGAGUCCCAAGGUGUGGUUCACGCAAAAGGUAAUCUGCGCCAAGAUGGUCAUCGACUCUCCCGAAACUUCGGAAUUGGUCGGAGUCAUGAUCCUCCAAGACGAUUUGAAACUGCGAAUCCACGGUAAAACGGAGUCGCAGCAGACUUUCAAGGAUGAGGAAGACCGUGUUGCGGCAUUGGACAGGGUGUUUGGUAUCAACCUGAGCAAGCCGGAACGUGCAGCAAUCAAAGGGCUGGUGACUGAAAUCAAAUAA